GUAUGAGACAACAUUUACUGGAUGUGUCUACUUUAAUUUAACGUCUCCACCUAGAAUAGAGGAAACUGUGCCUCAGUAAUAGACGUUGUACUUCUGGAUGUUACAGAGUCGACACACAGCCAUGGCAGUGGUAGUUCUACUUUUUCUCAUCUCCUUGCUGGAUUCGGUUGAAGGUGCCGAAAAUCGGUUUGUGAGGUCUGGAUCGGACCUUCUACUGGAAGCAAAGACAAAUAAAUUUGGAGAAAAUGAAGAUUUGAUUUGGAAGUUUAACACCACUCUCAGUCUUGUGAAAUUCAGACAUGGCAGUAAGCCUUUCAUCAAAUACGCAGAAAGAACUGUUUUUUCUGAACAAAACUACUCUUUGCUGUUAAGAAAUAUGCAACACAGUGACUCUGGAAACUAUAAGGAAAUAAUAAGUGGAGGAGAAGACAAAACUAUUGCUGAAUACACAAUCAGAGUCCAGGAUCCAGUGUCUCCAGUGAAUCUAACAGUGACGCCCAUUAAUUCCAGUUUCUGUAACUUCACUGUGACGUGUAAAACAGUGGAUUCUCAGAUUAAUGGAACUUUUCAAUGUGAAAAUAAAACCUGCCGUUUACUGGAUCAAACACACCAGAAGGACUCAUCUCUGAAGAUCUCUGUAAAGGAAAGCUCCAUCAUCUGUAACCAUAGCAAUCAAGUGAGCUGGGAAAAGGAUGAAAAGAAUGUUUCACCUCUCUGUGAAAAUCCACCAGCUUACAAUAAAACCGUUGUAAUCAACAUCAUAAGAAUAACCUUGGCUGCAAUUCUGGUUGUAAUUUGCAUUUUAACUGCUGUUGUAAGAAAAUGUAAAAGAAAAAGCAAACCAGAGCAAACAGCACAUGAGCUUCAAGAGGUCAGUCGGCCAGUGAGAGCCCUGUAGCAGAUUCUUCAGACAGAUCUGCAACAUUCAGACUCGGUGUGGUUUCUAAUGAUGGAGAGACUGGAAACACCCUCAAACAAAUGGAAGAAUCCCGAUCAGGGUCUCAAAAACACAAAUAUGAUGCUUUUUCAAUACUGCAGUAUGCUUUGACAAUAGUUGAGUUUGGAAUAUAACAUAAUUGCACGAAUUGGCAUGAACUGUAUGUUGGACCUUUGGUAGCUACAAUGAACAUUGAUCAGUAUGUAAUUACCAGUACAUUGAUAAAACUCAAGCAUUUCUAAGUAUAAAUGUAUAAGUACAUUUAUACAUUUGUAUUUAAACAUAUAUCUUUACAAUAGAUGAUUAUAGCUUAGUUGCGCUUUUCAAUUUAUAGACUUUUGCAUUUUAAUCCAUUUUGGCCUUUAGAGCUGCCAUGAUGGAAACCUGUUUUUGUUUGGAAAGUGUUAUGUUGUCCAUUGUAAGAUUCUUAUGAAAGUGAAAUAUUGUGUGCAAUUUUCAGGCAAAAAUAAACUUUGUA